UUAGCUCGGCAGCUCAGCUGAAUACUAGGAAUAAGCAUUUGGAUCCAAUUUAACGGAGAUAGAAAAUCCCUAUACUAUGAGGAUAUAAUUCCAUUAAAUGUAUUUCAGAGAUGGCGGAUGGAAUUAUUAAAGUGUUGCCUGAAGAUGUGAUGAUGUUUAUUCUUAUUAGGCUUAACGUGAAAUCUCUCAUACGACUCAAAUGUGUCUUUAAAACUUUGUAUACUCUCCUUCAAUCAUCCAUGUUUAUCAAUUUUCAUCUCAAACGGACCACCACUGCCAAAGAUGAAUUCAUUCUACUCAAACGAUCCUUCCAAGAAAGACCGAACAAAUUUAAAGAUUUGUGUUAUUUGAAGGCCGAGUCGCGUGGGAUUUGGAGUACUGAUUCGCACACUUUUAGAUCUAGGUGCUGCCGAGAGGAAAGAUUACUAGGGCAUGGCCAAUGUUAACUUGGGAGAUUUCAAGGUAGCUGUUGUUCUGUUUGCAUGCCUUGAAGUCCAUUUUCUCUCGAGUUAUGUUAUUACUGUUCUAUCUUUCGGACAAUUAUAUUUUGAGAGCAGACUUCGUAUUUAAAAUAUAUAGUGCUCAUGCGCUCGUUCUAGAUCAAUGGGUGGUUUUUUAGUUGUAUUAUUGCUAUUGGAUUUCAUU